UGUGAAGACAAGAUGAAGCUUGCCGCUGAGCUGACAGAGCGACUGGUUGAGAGAAGCGUUAGGGGACUGGCUACGCUUCCGCACGAGCUAAGGCGCUGGUUACGCAGUGCAAAACUGAGCGAGGCUGACACCCGGCCGCUGGCGCGACUGCAGAACCCGGAGAGUCAGGCUUGGUACGCAGGCUACAUGGUGAAGUUUGUCUGCUUCUAUCUGCGGGUGCUGGCCGACGAAGAG